GGGCGAGUCAUUUCUAAACGUAGUUACUAUGAUGAAACUACCGUGCAUAACUUCGUAACACUUAAAAACAUAAAAUUUGGCCAUGAGAUGUUCAAAGUUGUGCGUGCAUGUUCGGUGUGUGUUGAAUUGUGAACUGCAGAGAAAACAUUUACCCAGUAAUUUAGACUGCAAAUACAAUUUUUAGUCAUUCCCCUGCCUGCCCACAUUCCUGAUCUGGUUUGAUAAUGAGGGGAACACCUAUGAAUACGUCAUAGCAGUGCUGUGCACGCGCUGUCCACACAUCGCGCAUAUACGUUGCGUUACGUCGAUUUUGUACAAAAAGUCUGGCACUUUAUUUGUUAAGACUUCGCUUUUUGUAAGGUGCGAGGCGGAAAGGUAUUUACAUGUUGUUGGGUGGCUGAAAGAUAAACAAAGUGCUUGAGCAGGUGAGCAGGAGUCAAGAGCUGAAGCGCUGGAGUGAUUUCCUCUCUCAGCACAAGUGAGAAACUCUUGGGUUUCAACAGCACAGAGGAGCAGCCUUCAGGGCCGGGAGGACAGGACAGCAUGUGGCGAAAUGAGAAGUAUGAGUCUGUUCCGUUGGAUGUGAAGGGGAUUGAUGAAGACAAUACUAAAGGCACCAGCGAUUCUCUUUACCCUGGCACUGCCCUCCGGAAAACUCGACAGUUAGAUGAGAGACCAAAGGACUCAAAACUGUGGCCGUACUUCCAGGAUGGCCAAAGGCGGAUAGAUUACGUCCUCACCUACCACGUCCAGAAGCCCCCGAGCACUCGCAAACAGAAGUCCCAUUCCUGCUGCUUGAGACGUAAACGGACCAGCUCACCAUCUCGUGAGGACCCCGAACUCGCAGCCCAAGAGCAGAGGCUGGAUUACCAUGAGGACGACCAGCGACUCCGCCGGGAGGAGUUUGAGGAGAACCUGUGUGAAAUGGGCCUUGAGAUGGAGAAAGAUGAAGGGACUAAAAUCCCAGGUGUGGGAUUCUUGAAGAUACAUGCGCCUUGGGAAGUUCUUUGUCGAGAAGCAGAGUUCAUGAAGCUCAAAAUGCCAACAAUAAAGAAAUACGAAGUCAGUCCUGGAAGCGGCAUUGCGGAGAAGGUCAACAUGUUUAUGCAGAAAGUCACUGCACCCUUGCAACCUAAAGUUGUGAAUAGCCAGAUGGAAAAUGAGAAACACCUCUCCUACCCGUUUUCACGAGAAAAACAGCAUCUCUUUGAUUUAUCAGACAGAAACUCCUUCUUUGACAGCAAAACCAGGAGCUCAAUAGUGUAUGAAAUUUUAAAACGAACAAAAUGCACACGGGCAAAGUAUAUCAUGGGAAUCAGCAGUCUACUCGGCAGUGGUGUUUACACAGAAGCCUAUCCUUUGCAUGAUGGCGAUAUUGACUGCAUACAUGCUGAACCAAAUGACAGAAAGGUAAAAGACAUUUUGAAACAUACUACCUGCCAUUAGUUGUUAAAACAGCAACAUUUCAAUAUAUAAUAUGUAAUUUA